AUGUCUACUUCAGUCUUCUCAAAUACCCUAUCUCAGGACGUGGAGGAUGAAGAGCCUCUGUCGAUGUCUGACCUAGUCCGCGCCGGGGAAACAAGCAGGCUAAGACGGCGUGGCGCCAUUAGCGGACACCGCGCUCGACAAUCGACCUCCGCUGUAUAUGUCGGAUCUUCCGUUGACACCUCGUUGAAUGCAACGCAAUACCAGCAACCGAACCGACAGUUUCCCCAAGCGCCGGCCGUGCCACCGCCAUGGGUGGAUGGUAGCUCGGCGAGCCAGUCGUGGGUGGGGGACAUCGUUGAUCCGACGAAGGCGGACGACGAUGCGGACGGUGUGCCUAGUUCUGGAUAUGCUCUAUAUUGCGGAGUUGAGACGUGGGAGUUUGGUGAUGAGGAACCAUAUGAGCCUAGCCCGCUCCCUUUACCGUUCGACGAGCCGAGCUCGCCAGCGCUCUCACCCCGACGAAUACGCAAAUCCACGGGAUGCGGCGCAUUAAUUCAUACGAGUGGGACACCAAAGUCGAAACAUGGGACAUGGAGUGCAACUGGAAGAGCGUCUGCUAGCGUUGUUCCGCUCGACAAGGCAUACUUUGAGCGUGGGGGACAGUCGAAAUUGUUCUCGUGCGGUUGUCGUUGGCACGGUGUAGGAUGCUCAAAUUGCGGUAAUCCAUUAGGGAACGUAUAUAUGCCAUGCCAAGUUGCAACGACGACAUCAACCCUUUCUCGAGACCCGUCACAAGCCUCCCGCAGAUCAACUGCGCCACCCAACACCAGCGCUCAUUUUCACUACACAUUUUUCGGCGACGCUGUGAGCUCGUAUCCAGAAUACGAGUUCACAAAGUUCUCGACAGGUUCUAUGCAUCACAAUCGCGUGCCGCUCGCGUCAACGAUAGACAGCGUGGCACAGGGCUGGGAUGGCAUGUCAGAAUACCCAUAUAACUACGCUGAACAGGAACCGGACCAAGAUCAAGAACAGGAGGAAGCUGGUUCGGAAUAUGAUCGUGCAGAAUACGAUCGUGACGGAAUGCCGAUUACGAACGAACCCGGGUCGCCGGACAAGCCGAGCUCCGAGACGAUGUUGUGGCCCGCGCGGUAAAGGCGUGUAUUACUUGUAAAUUACUUGCAAGUUGCAGACGUUUCUGCGUUCCUGCUUUUCUUCAUUCCUGUUCUCGAUUUCGUUCCCAAAUGGGUACUACUUACUCUUGAUCCCACUUGACGAAAUCUUCCCCCUUACUUAUUUGACCGCAACCUAUACUUCGUUCCCCCUCCUCGCCAGUGCGUUGGUACCGGUAACUUGCUGGUCCCGCGUGAUUGACGGAGAUGUUCAGAAGCCAGUUCGAUAACUCGCUUCGGUUCUACACCCUUGCUUUUUAUACCUCUUGAUCCUUCUUCUGAUCAUCUCAACAGAAGACAGCUCCCGUAUCCAUACCGUCUGCUACCGUCCACACUACUCACUCAGUAUGUUCGCUAUGAAAGUCUUAUCAUGCGAACUCUCACUCGUAUGAUAAUUCAUUGACUUCUCUUCCCUUCUCUUCCCUACUUUCAUCUUUCGUCUUUCAUCUUUCAUCUUUCAUAUUUCUUUCAUCUCUCAUCUCUUCUACUUUUCAUUAAUGCCGAUGAUGUUUCUUAAUGCAAACGUACUUACUGUUAUUUACUUCGCGUAGUAGAUAGUUUUUCACUUGAUCGUGUAAUAUUGCAACCCAGGACUCGUAGUAUUUAGUAAGUAGUAGUACACGAGUACAUAAUAGGAC